AUGGCUACCCUGAAUUACCGAGCUUACACGGGUGUUCAUGGGUUUUUCAUGUCUUGGGAGGAUCAGGAUGCCAACAGUCCCAUCACGCAGCAGCUUUGUGACCUGAAAAAGGCUUUUCAGGAUUUGUAUGAGUUCAACAUUCAGCACUACAGGAUUCCGGUGGAGAAGUGCUAUAGAGCAGUUGACCGACGCCUAGCCUCGUUUGUUGAUGCACAUGAUGGUGAAGGGAAGCUGUUGAUCUUCUACUACCGCGGCCAUGCUACAACGGCGGACCAUGAGCUCUUCAGUUUCAAGUUGUCAGUCCUUUUUGUGACCUGGCGCGACGGAGAUUUGGACGAGGUUCCGUGGGACGUUGUCAAGAACAAACUUACUGUGCAGGUCGACGCCGAUGUACUGAUAAUCCUCGAUUGUUGCUACGCCUCUGCUGCCGCAACCUUGAGCAAGGCCGACUCUAGGCGGCAGUCUGGAGGCUCAGUGAUGCUAAUAGCUUCUUCGGCAGUAGCUGAAGAAUCUACCAUGAGUGGAGACCACACCUUUACCAAAAAUCUCAUCGAGGAACUCCGGGAGAGUCAUAUGGCCCCCAUCGAUAUAUCCGAACUGUUCAACAAUCUCCGGCGCCGCUGCAUUAAUUUGAAGCACAUUAAUCGUAAUAGAGAAAGCUUUAUCAAGAUUCCGGUCCUCCAUAACAUCUCACCAAAGGUUCCCAAGCUCAUCUGGCUCUUCAAAACAACAGACGAUCCGGCCGCUCGAGGUCAGCCCCCUCGGGCCCCAAGGCCCCAUUGCUCACCGCCAGGACCAACUCCAGGAUACUCGGGGAGUGUGGUGCAUCCAUCGGGGUCAUUUCAGGUUGAGAGGGGUAGGAGACCUGAGCGCUGGCAGAAGAGUACUGCACCACCUUCUACUACACCCUGGCCUAGUGAAUCGGUUGCAUAUCACCCGAGAUAUCAUUCAACACGUGAUCAACGGGAUAGAUAG